AAUACCAAGAACUCCAGAUGUGGAUGUAUGUGAGGGAAGAUAACAGAAAAGGCACUAAAAUGUAUAGAAGACGGAAUUGAUCCGUAUCAUGACUGAAAUCAACAAGCAGUGUUUACAGGUUUAGAGAAGCAGGAUGCAAACAGGAUAUGUUGUGUUUUUUUUAAUUUUCCCCAUUUUCUUGGAGGGAUGCUGUGUAGGAAACCAUCAAAUGAAAAAGACAGUAACAGCACCUCAGCAGAAUAUUACACACCAGCACUACAGAGCUGUGGCCGGGGAAAUCUUCAUGAUGCCAUGCUUAGAAUGUGUGAACCAGCACGUGGAGAUGGAGUGGUCGAGGACUGGAAGAGGCAGAGAGGGAAAUAAACGCCCAUCCAUUGACUGUGGGAGGAAGUUCCUCGCUGAGACGAAGCAUUCUGGAAAGUACACGUGCCGCACAUGGCUGUCCAGUGGCAGCAAAUUGUCCUUCCAUCUCCAGGUGGUGGAGAAAAACAGCCUGAGCUGCUUCCAGCCUGAAGAGAGCAGUAAAUAUCUGCUUGUGGGUGCAGGUGGGCAGGUUCCCUGCCCGGGCCUCAACUGCAGCAACAACACAGACGUCAUCUGGUACAAGGAAAACAAAGCCAUGUCUGAGCAGCGUCGAGCCUCCUGUGUGAAGAAUGGCCAUUUAUAUCUCUGCCAAGUCAGUGACCACGACACAGGUGUAUUUUUCUGUGACAGACAAAUAAUUGAGCAAGGAAUCAAAUGGACCUUUAGGAGGGCUGUUAACGUCACAGUCAUACCUCAUUACACACCAAGUUACCCUCCCAGGAUUAUAUAUCCUGAGAGCAACAUGACAGAGGAAGUGGAGCUUGGUCAGUCUCACACUCUUACAUGUAAGAUAUAUUUUCCUUUCGAGAUAAAGCCCUCAUCAGAGGUGCGAUGGUACAUGCAUUACGGUGGCAACAUGGCAAAUAUGACUCCACUACACAUGGAGAAUCAACGAGAGGAGAAAGUGACCUUUCAAGAGACCAAGGUCAUACAAAGAGCCAUCAUAAAAGAGGUGACGCCACAGCACUUGAACAACACAUACACCUGCAUCGCCAGCAAUACUGUCGGAAGCAGCAGUGUCACUAUCAAACUCAAGAAGACACUUACAGUACAAUGGCCAUCGCUGGUUGGGUAUCCCAUUGUAUCUAUGCUGCUGGUUGCUGGCCUGGGAAUCAUUUUGCAUGUGAAAUGGCUGGAACUGCAGCUUAUCUACAGAUCCCACUUUCAAAAUGGAAAACACAACGGAGAUGACAAAGAGUUUGAUGUGUUUCUGUCGUACGUGUGGAGCCCUCCAUCAGCAGAAGUGGGGGGAGUUUUGACGAAGUGGGGGGGGCCUGACACUGAUAAGGAGGUGGCAGCAUUUUUAUCCAGCAUGGACCCGCUGAAUUCUGCAGAAGGUAAAGCCAAACAGAGACCACUAGAAGUGCUGCUGCCCCAAGUGCUAGAGGGCCAGUGGGGGUAUCGCCUUUGUCUGCUGGAGAGAGACGUGCUUCCUGGAGGAGCAUAUACAAACGAUGUGGUCCUUGCAAUACAGAGAAGCCGAAUGCUUAUCUGUCUCCUGUCAGAUGACUACCUCUCCAACAGCAAUGCUGUGUUUGUACUGGAAUCAGGAGUGCAGGCUUUGCUGCAAAACUCCACCCUCAAACUCCUGCUAAUAUGGACCAGUAGAGCCUCGGCUUCCCUCAUCCGGCCGGACCCUCCACUGCCCACACUGGUCCAGAGGGCCGUGAAGGUGCUACCCAGUCUGGACUGGACCACAGGAAAAUCUGUCAGAGCCACCAACGUCUUCUGGAGGUCUCUGAAGAAGUCCAUGCCCGGUCAGAGAGUGAAGCUGGUUUCACUCAUGCCGGAACAAUGAUGAGACUAAGUUACCAAUUAACAUUCUUCCUAACAUGAUGUACAGCAUAUUUAUUUCACAAAGCAGUUUAUAUUACAUUUUUUACUCUGUGUGUAAAGGAAAUUUCCAUGAUGGCAGGGCAACUAAAUCAUAAUGUAUCGUAUUCAGAUGUCAGGAAAAAGUGACUUACCCUCUGUGUCAUGCUCUGGCUCCAGUAGUUGUAAUUUUAUCUUUAAUUUUCAUCUCUAUCAAAAAUAAACUGUGUUUCAGUUCAACAGUGCAGAUUAAUCAAUUACCUAUCAACUCUACAUUAGCAUUUAUAGCAUUAAAAAUAAUAAAUAUAACAUAAAAGAUUUGAUAAACCCACUGCACAAAGAUGAAUGCUAUUGACAAUUAAACUUAACAAUUGGCUUUUAUAUAGCUGUUUCUGUAUCAGCUUAAGUACAAAUUCAUCUUGUGAGGUUUUGUCAUGUGUUGUUACAGCAGAGGUGUCAACAAUGAACAUUUCACACAUUACGUAUGAUACCAUUUCUUUAUUAUGACUGGCUUUUAAAUGUGUAUUCAAGAGAGUUGUGUUUUAGAACUCAGGUUGUGGCAGUGGAUAUAAAUUUCGUUCAGGGAAAGCCCGUUCAC